CAGUAGUAGUAGUAGGCCACGGUGGGUUUUUGGAUUACCCAGCGACCACCGCAUCCGGAGGAGAUGACGACGCGGCUACAGUCCGUUUGCUGCGUGCACCGCCGCCUUCUCCAACUCUCGCCUCCCUCCUCUACUCCUCCCUCCUGCCCCCGUCGCAGAAGCCUCUCCGGCCCUUCCGCCUUCCUUCCUCCUGUUAACCUUCGAUGGUACGGCCGCAGUUUCCGCUUCCGGAACGCAUCCACAGGUCGAUCGAUUCUGCCGGGCAAGGUGUUAGCCUAUUUGCCCGAUUCAGAGAACUCCAACGGCGCGGUAAAAGAGGCGAAUGCGUCCAGUGUUGAUUCGAACGUUGGAUCCUUGGUUAGCGCUAGGGAUUUCGACGCGGUCCUCCGGUCUGGGUCUCACACGAGGGGCAGCUUUGACCCCUUUCGUGGGAAGUCGGGUUCUGUGUCUUUCUGCGGAUUGACUCACCAGAUGGUGGAAGAGAGGAAGCUGGUUUCUUCCCCCUUCAAUGACGGCACAGGAUCGCUCGUGUGGAUUUUAGGUCCUCUAGCGCUGAUAUCUUCGCUCGUGGUUCCACAAUUUUUUCUCGGCAACGUUAUCGACUCGGUUCUACGAGAUGAGAUCCUCGCAGAAAUUGUCGCCUCAUUGUCUUCAGAGGCCAUAUUCUAUGUCGGGCUUGCUGCAUUUCUGUCAGUAACUGAUCAUGUACAACGCCCAUAUCUUGACUUCAGCCCGAAAAGAUGGAGCCUUAUCACCGGCCUCAGAGGCUACCUUUCCUCGGCUUUCUUCACCAUGGGUUUCAAGGUGUUUGCUCCUCUUCUUGCGGCCUAUGUUGUUUGGCCAGUGAUUGGUCUCCCUGCUGUGGUUGCCGUUGCUCCAUUUCUGAUGGGUUGUGCUGCACAAUAUGCAUUUGAGACACACCUCGACAGACGUAAUUCAUCUUGUUGGCCUGUAUUGCCAAUAAUCUUUGAGGUAUAUAGACUGUAUCAGUUGAACAAGGGUGCACAUUUUAUAGAAAGGUUAUUGUUUCUAAUGAGAGGAUCGUCUACGAACACUGCAGUAAUGGAAAGAAGUAGCGCAUUCAUUUCCAUGCUAGCCGUUCUCCAAAUCCUUGGUGUUGUUUGCCUGUGGUCUUUAAUGACUUUUCUUCUAAGACUUUUCCCUUCUAGACCUGUGGCAGAGAACUAUUAAAUUCUCCAAACCAAUAGGAUAUAUUAUACUGCUGAUGGUACUAUUAUCUGUGCUAAAACACAUGAAGUAACAGUUUAUUGAGAUGACAUGUUGUGCCAGCUUUGUCAGCACAAGCAUGUUCCCUCACGAGUUCUGGUUUGGCAAUGCAGUCUCUCGAGCUUUUCUCAAUUUGUCAUGAUAGUGCACAUGAGCAGAGCAGCAUGGUACCUGAGGAACUGGUGGUCCACUGGCAUGACUCAAAUUUAAUAAAAGAACUUAUUGCUUGUCUGAUCUAGAAAUUAAAUUAUCCUUGAUUAUUCCUGCAGUGUGAUUGGUGACUUUGAUGAUGGAUGAUUGUGACGAAAUAGAAUCCACCUCUUUAAAAGCACUAACUGACAAAAUUAGCUGGUGCCAAAAUGGACAGUAUGGGAUUUGAAGGUAAUCUGGUGCAGUUGUUAUAAUUAUUGGUAUUUGCAGAUAGAUUGCUGAUCGAGUGUUUUUAACAGCUGAGAAGUGUUGAUAUUCAAUAGCAAGUCUCUUUUACAUUUUCUUCAAGACAAAUAAAAAUUCAUACGAAAGUAAAUGUUGCAUGAUUUGGGCAUGAAGGGUAGAAGAAGGUAAUGUUUCAGACUAAGAUUUCUGUUUGAUGUAGGUAUAAUGUAUGAAAUCUGGGGACUGUGCAUACCAGUUAACGAAAAAGGGUAUUGGUAAAUGGAAAAUACAAGUGUUAAGAUGUUCGAACAGCAGGCCAGAUCUAUAAUGAUAUUAGAUUAUUCAGAGAUGUUUUCAAAAAGGUCGACUUGUUGGGUGGCCAACCCGGAGAUUGAAUUGUCCAAGAUUUAAGACACAAUCUCUGGGAAAUAAUCCAUCAAGAGAUUGGAUACGAUGAUCAUAGUUUUAAAGCUAAAUUCAUGAGCUUGCCUUGCCCAUGGAAGUGGCCAACUUUUCCAGCCAGAAUAAAAAAUUGAAUUUCUUUUGUUACUUUUGGAUUAGUUUCAUCAUCCACUGAAGUGUUGUGAUUUUAAUGCUUACUUAGCUGCAGUUUAAAUGCCUAUUUGUUAUUUUGUGUAUAUUUUUUCUUGGAUAGAGUAAAGUGAUAGAUAGUAAAUCAUGGCACAUUCA